AUGUUCCCUGCGGCAGGAAGAGAUGCACGGCAAGUCUGCGUCAACGAGCUUCAUCACUUCAGGCUGUCGGUUCCAGGGUUGCUUGUCGGCACAUUUAUCUCCAUCAUGUUUGGGGUUGGGGCGGUUGGCGCCUUCAUCCAGGAGCGUCACGGCUUUUCGCGGAGGGAGCUCAUCGCCACCGCCGCGGUGGGUUUGAUGAUGGGGCAGUUUUUGCUUCCGUAUGAUGUUUUAUAUGUUUUUACCGGACCUAAGCCAAUGUUGUACGUUUCCGUUGGCCUUCUUUUUUUGUUGGUGUGUUCACCUGGAAACACUCCUCAUUGCGAUGACUUUUUGGGGACAAGUGACGGGAGGUGUCAUUAG